GGGUAUACUCCAAUGUUUAACCUGCAACAGAAUAAUAUUAUUGUAAUUAUAUUGAGAAAUAUAGCUUAAAAAUAAUUUUAUAACAAUAAUAAUAGUAAACAUAUAUCUAUAAAUGAAUGAUUUUGAAAUCAUUUUAAGAAAUAGUAGAUUGAAAAUGUUUUAAGUUGACUAAUUGCAAUGGAUACUAGAACUGGUAAAAAUUUAAAUAUCUGUCAAAGAUCUCUUUUUACUCCAACCUUGAACGACAUAAAAAAUGUUAUUUCUCCAGCUCUUUCCAAAAACUUUUCGGAGACUUCAGUUGAAGUGGUAGAUUGCCCAGAUUUAAGAGAAUCGCCAUUUAAAUUAGCAUCUGCAGGACUCGGAGGACAUCCAAAACUUUUUGAAAUCGGUGGACCACCUUUUUUACUUCCAUGUGUUCAAAGAGAUAAGAUUUAUGAUGUCCAAACGAUUUUAAAACAAAUCCACUAUGGUGAUAAAGCUUUUAUUAUUGGCGCAGGAGCUGGCCCUUGGCCUCAACUCUCCCGAAACUGUGAAAUGAUGAUGAAUUUAGUUCUUGAUUCAACUAACGUUAUAAAUGAGACCAAACUAGCAUGGGUUGGAGAAGAAAAUCAGUGUGUACUUCAAAAGUGUGUUGAUUCUGACACUAGGUUAGCAUUGCUAGCGAAUUUGUUUAUCUCAGAGGGAAAACCCGGAAAAGUUCUAAAAGUCCAUGCUAAAACUCGUAUAGGAGACCUUGAUUUUAUUGCAUCAAUACAAAAAGCUCUAUCUGCGCAUUACAAAGAUCAGUUAGUCGGUUUGGGAGGUACGUUUCUCCUUAAAAAAGGAAAAGCUAAGCAACACGUGAUGCCAGAUUUCUCAUCAGUACCAUUAACUACAGAAGAAUCUAUGAAUAAUUGGUUACGUUUUUACGAUAUGUCAGCACCAUUAGUUGCAGUUGGAACGUUGGUUUCGUCCGAAAGUGAUUUGGAUCUUCGUGUUCAACAUUUCCAUAGUUUCAGUGAUCAUGGUGAGGGUGGCCAUUAUCAUAUUGACGUUACUCCAAGUAUAGUUGAAUAUUUAGGCUACUUUAAUAUAGCUGAUUGCUUAUACCGGAUCGAUCAACCUACUUCUGGCCUUACUUUCGGCAAAGAUUGAUUUUACAAAAUAGCAUGCAAAAAUUUUACGUAGAAGUUGGAGGAAUGAGAAAAGUAUUUUUUAUUACAAGAUCGUGCUAAUAUAUGAAUUUGUUAUACUUCCGAAAGAUUACCAAAAUAUCAAUAAAAUAU